AUGUCGGAAUAUGAACGUGAACGUCAUCGCACAACGGGCGAUUGGGAUGAACGAAAAUUAAUUGAAGGUAUUAUUGGCGAAAAAUCUAUCUAUAAAUAUCGUGCUGAUGUUCCACCUGAGCCUGGCAGUCCACAGACAAAAGCUAAACGUCUUCGUUUAGUUGUCGAUUUAUCUGCAUCGAUGUAUCGUUUUAAUGGUGUUGAUAACCGGUUAGAACGUCAAUGUGAAUGUGUAUUGAUGUUUCUUGAAUCGUUGGCUGGUUUUGAACAUAAAUUUACUUACGAUAUUGUUGGUCAUUCAGGUGACGAACAUUCAAUUGAACUUGUAAGAAAAAAUCAACCACCAAAAAAUAAUAAAGAACGCUUGAAACUAUUAAAACUGAUGUAUACACAUACGAUGUUUUGCAAUUCGGGUGAUAAUACAUUUGCAGCUUUAAAAUCGGCCAUUGAUGCUUUACAAGCAGAACCAGAUGAUACAGUCGAUGAACGUUUUGUUAUUGUUAUAUNAUAUUGUUGGUCAUUCAGGUGA